AUGACGCCGAGGCAGAAAAUGGCGUCCGCAAAGCCUGUGGACUGCUGUGGUUUGUUUGUUACCCGUUUAAUUUAGAGCCGAGUUGGGGGGGUCUCUUCGUCUAGGCAUAUGGACGAUAACAUGGCAGUGCACCGCUGCCGCCCGCUUUCUUGAUUCCGGAAUCGAACCCGCAACUUCAUGUCCGAAGGAGCCAGAGCUGCCUGGUCGAAGAGGGGUUGUGGGGAUUCGCACCGCCGAGAACCAGGGAAACAUAAACACAGGAAAUGCGAGCGGCCCCUUAACGCUCAGCCGUCAAAGCCUGUGAUUGUUCGCCCGGGCUCCAAAAGGUGUGUUAUGUCGGCGGCAGAUGUGGAGGUGUACCUGUCCCAGGUGCACGAUGGGAGCGUGUCGUCGGGCUUCCGGGCGCUGUACGAGGAGCGUCUGCUGCUGGACGUCACGCUGCUGAUAGAGGAGCACCACUUCCAGGCCCACAAGGCGCUUCUGGCCACCCAGAGCGACUACUUCCGGGUCAUGUUCACAGCCGACAUGAGGGAGAGGGACCAGGACAAGAUCCACAUGAAGGGGCUAACAGCCGCUGGGUUCGGCCACAUUCUCCGCUUCAUGUACUACGGCUCGCUGGAGCUCAGCAUGCCCACCGUCCAGGAGAUCCUUCAGGCGGCCAUGUACGUCCAGCUGACGGAGGCGGUGGAGUUCUGCUGCUCCUUCCUGCUGGCCAAGAUCUGUCUGGAGAACUGUGCCGAGGUCAUGCGCCUCCUGGAGGACUUAGCGGGCGUGGAGGGAGUCCAGGAGCAGCUCGACAACUUCCUACUCGACAACUUUGUCCCCCUCAUGAGCCGACCCGACUUCCUGUCCUACCUCAGCCUCGAGAGACUGCAGGCGUACCUGAACAGUGACGCUCUGAGUCGCUUCCCUGAAAUCGAGCUGUACGAAGCCGUCCAGUCGUGGCUGCGACACGACCGGCGCCGCUGGCGACACACGGACACCAUCGUGCAGUCCAUCCGCUUCUGCCUCAUGACUCCCGCCAACAUCUUCGAGAAGGUGAAGACGUCUGAGUUUUACCGUUACUCCAGGCAGCUGAGGCAGGAAGUGGAUCAGGCGCUCAGCUACUUCCACGACGUCAACCAGCAGCCUCUGGUGGAGACGCGCUCCAACCGCAUCCGCUCCGUCCGCCCGCAGACCGCAGUCUUCCGGGGAAUGAUCGGUCACAGUAUGGUCAACAGCAAGAUCCUUCUCCUGCAGCGGCCAAAGGUUUGGUGGGAGCUGGAGGGGCCUCAGGUGCCGCUGCGACCGGACUGCCUGGCGAUCGUUAACAACUUUGCCUUCCUGUUGGGUGGAGAGGAGCUGGGGCCCGACGGCGAGUUUCACGCCUCCUCCAAAGUCUACCGCUACGACCCUCGACAGAACUCCUGGCUACGCAUGGCUGACAUGUCUGUGCCCAGGUCCGAGUUUGCUGUGGGCGUCAUCGGCAAGUUUAUCUACGCCGUAGCGGGCCGCACGCGAGACGAGACCUUCUAUUCCACGGAGCGCUACGACAUCACCGAGGACCGCUGGGAGUUCGUGGACCCGUAUCCCGUGAACAAGUACGGCCACGAGGGCACGGUCCUCGGCGGCAAGCUGUACAUCACCGGCGGCAUCACCUCCUCCUCCACCUCCAAGCAGGUGUGCGUGUUCGAUCCCGGGCGGGAGGCCGGGGGCGGCGUCGGCUCGAGCGGCUCGGACGCGCACAGGACGCGCGCCGGCCGCGGCCCGCUGCUGCCCGGCACCCACGCCAGCUGCUGGGAGAACAAAUCCAAAAUGAACUACGCCCGCUGCUUCCACAAGAUGAUCUCGCACAACGGGAAGCUGUACGUGUUCGGAGGCGUGUGCGUGAUCCUGCGGGCGUCCUUCGAGUCGCAGGGCUGCCCGUCCACCGAGGUGUACGACCCGGACACCGACGAGUGGACCAUCCUGGCCUCCAUGCCCAUCGGGCGUAGCGGCCACGGCGUGGCGGUGUUGGACAGGCAGAUCAUGGUGCUGGGCGGCCUGUGUUACAACGGCCACUACAGUGACUCCAUCCUCACGUUCGACCCCGACGAAAACAAGUGGAAGGAGGACGAGUAUCCCAGGAUGCCUUGCAAACUGGACGGUCUGCAGGUGUGCAGCCUGCACUUCCCAGAGUACGUGCUGGAGCACGUCAGACGCUGCAGCUGAGAAACGGGAAUGCACUGUUCACGGACUGAAGUCUCCCGCUGGGAGAGCCGGCAUUUACACGCGGGAGGCUCUUCUGACGCGCAAGGCUUUUUAGAAACUGGAGACCAGCACUUACCUUCAGGUGAGGUAAAGAUUGGCGCGGGCCAUAAAAUCUGCUGUUCUUAACGAAGCCAAUCGAAGCGCGACGUGGCGAGACGUCGCGCGCGUCGGCUCGGACAUUUUCAGAUUUAGCUUUCUCAGAAAAUUGGAGAAAAAAAAAAGUGUCUGUGGGGAGGAAAAACAAAAGUUUAAUUCUGCUGGUUUAUGUUUGGACUGUGGUCAGUUUCUUAAUCUACUACUCGCCUACUGUAUUUAGGCUGUCCGGUCAGGCUUUUAUUGCAGAAACGCACUGGAAGCGUCCGAUUCAUGCCUUUUUACGUGGGGGAGCUUAUUUUUAUUUAUUUUUUCUUAUUUAUUUUAAUUUCACCAGUCAAACAAACCUGCAUCUCAAAUCCUGUCUGAAUCAGGUGUCUCAGCCUGCACCCGUUGAUCUAUUUAAAGGCAAAAAACAUCCUGUAUAUCGAGUUGCUCUUGUUGAGAAAUAGGUUAGCGAGAGCCUAAGGCGCUUUCAUACGAUCAAAAAAAUGCCCUAUACCAUGUAUGACAGCAAGUCGAAGCAUACAAUCAGGUAUAUAAACACUAUAUAAACGGUAGUGUAGCUAAUCUUAUAGCCUGUCACACUGUAGAGAUACAACUCUGACCGUGUUGUUACAGAUGCUGCUAAUGAACUGUCCGAUCAUUCAUUCAUUCAUAAACUCGCUUCCAGUGCGUUCCAGCUUUUAGUCCUUAUUCUGCUCUUUACUCCCAGAUAUCCACCAAACUGUUCUCAUGUUCGUAUAACGUCACCCGUGUCUUUCUCUGCCCCCCCCCCCCCUUUCCUUCCUCUGAAUACGUGAGAGCUGAAUUCACGAUAACACUACAAGGUACACGAGGACUCGCCCUUCAUUCAGCGAUGAUUUCAUGAUGAUGGUGGCAGGUAUUUUUCCUUUGCACAGGAAGGAAAGAUCUUUCUCUCAGAGCAGCUCUGUAUCCGUCUAGUCACUGGCAGUGCUUUACCUCCGCGAAUCUACAUUCCCUGCACUUUAUCAUUAUUAUUAUUAUUAUUAUUAUUAUCAUUAUUGUUAUUACUUGUUGUUGCAGCUGCAGUAUUACAACCUGCUGCGAUGUUACGGACAUUUGGCAGUGUCUGAAAUGAACCUUCUGGCUGAUGAUGACGAGUCUAGACGAACUGAAAAUGUGCACACCGUGAAGUUAGAAUAUUUAAGAAACACUGGGCCUCACGCAGGAGCAUUUUUGUAUUCUUAUACUACUUUUUUCCCCCUCUUCGUACGAGCGUUCCCAGUCGAUUUCGGCACACUCUGAACCGGACCGAGUUUUCGUGAAUUGCUCGUUUCAGCCUGAUGCACAUCGUUUGGAAGAUGAUCGACGCCCCCUAAAAUUGCCCAAUACGUGAGGCUGCCUGCUCCGCUCCGUUUGUUGGGAGGAUUCGUUCCCCAAAAAAUGUUACCAAAGUGUAAAAAAAGAGAUUCUCACACUGCAGAGCUUCAAGUCCCGCUGUUGGAAAUGAGUCAGCACGUUUAGCAGUGUGAGUGUUGUGUUAUUAAAGGACAUGAAGCGAUUAGCAGAAUCUGAUGAGCACAGCUGUUCACGAUGUGUGAUCAGAGCAGAGGUGCUAGGUGCUAAAUAGUGUCUUUUCUUUCUAAAGGGACGCGACAAGGUCUUGGCCUACAGUAGGUGAUGUUACACUGUCAGGUGAUUUUCUCAGAGGACGAUCCUAGACCGAGACCCCUGCAAUAAAAGACCCUUAAAGAGGCAGCUGUUAGAGCGAGAGACUUUUCCAACAGUUACUGAAAUGUAUACGUUGCUGUGCUGAAAUGGAAAUCAAAGAAACAGCCUAUCUGUAAAUUGGCAGCCAUGAUUAUGGUAUAGCGCUGGGCGAUAUGACGAUAUAUGUAUAUCGCCAAAACGAUAUAAAAAUGUCUAUCGUGUAUAUUUUUCUAUAUGGUUUCUAUCGCAAUGUUGAAAAAAACCAGCGGCCGCACUGCGCUACGUCAUUUGGACGGUGCUUUACGUUCGGAUUCUUGCACGUUUUGUUCAUUUUGCACUAAAGUUCUUGCUAAAAUUCUUGCUUCUUCUAAAAUGCUGUGUGUGUGUGUGUGUGUGUGUGUGUGUGUGUGUGUGUGUGUGUGUGUGUGUGUGUGUGUGUGUGUGUGUGUGUGUGUGUGUGUGUGUGUGUGUGUGUGUGUGUGUGUGUGUGUGUGUGUGUGUGUGUGUGUGUGUGUGCGGAAAACAACUCUCCGCAAACCCAGAACGAAGUUUGUUUUUAUAAGCUGCCAAACCGAAAGUGGAUACAGCUGUGAGGAAUCAGCAGAGACAUCCUGACAGAAAUAUAGUUUGCCUAAAACUGACAUUUGGGUAUUUGACUUGGUAACAAAAUGGUUUCUGCACACGUAACGUGGGACAUAUCGUUAGUUUAGACCUACAUAUCGGGUGAAAAGGUUUUUGCCGCAUCACCCAGCCCAGGGUUUGUCUUAGUUAUAUAUCUUGUUAUCGUUAAUUUCAGUAUCCUAUUUAAACUCCAUAUGUAUUCAGAUGAAUGCGUAGCGAUUUAGAGUCAACGUGUGUGUGUGUGUGUGUGUGUGUGUGUGUGUGUGUGUGUGUGUGUGUGUGUGUGUGUGUGUGUGUGUGUGUGUGUGUGUGUGUGUGUGUGUGUGUGUGUGUGUGUGUGUGUGUGUGUCCCGUGGAGAGAGGCACCGUGUGUGUGUGUGUGUCCCCACCGUGGAGAGAGGCAGACUGUCGGUACUCGUACGAGAUGUCUGGACUUCUUUUCGUGGGUUUCUUUAUUAUUAUUUUUUUAAUAAAGGUCCACCGUGUAGGAAUUUCUCCCAUCUAGCGGUGAAAUUGUAUUUUGCAUUCAAGUGAAUAGUGCUCUCUAGCGCCUCGCGUUUUCAAAUGCGUGUUGCAACUACGGUAGCCGUUAUGUACCGAGAAGCUACGACAAACAUUUCUCCCGAUUUUCCCUUUUUUUGACGACGAGGAGUCCUUCUCCCGUGGCUCGGCAUAAGUCCGAUCCUCCGUUAUGAACUAAAGGGCAGUGCAGGCUUUCAAAUGUUGCCGGGGCGGCAACAAGCGCCUCUCGCUGAUCUCCUUCUCCGUUUCAGCUGGUUUCAGUCACGUGACGCUGGCGCUGAACGAAAACGCGUUGUGGAUUAGCUAGACAGGUGGGCUAGUGCUCUAUGUCCCUCUCAGCCAUUAGAGUUUUUCAAAAUGGCAGAACGACAUGGAAGCCUCCUUGGACUUGCCCGUCCAACGUAAAUACAGAGAAGAAAUUCUUCGCUUCCGAGGAUAAGUCAGAUCGUUGGCAGAGGUCAUUUUACACCAGUGAGGACAUAUUAAUGAAUAAAGACAUAGAUUUGAGCUAGUAAAAUACUUAAAACGCUACACAGUGGACCUUUAACUUCGCUCGUACGUCACACUUGAGAACAAAUCCUGUCGGUAAACUGGUUCGUGCGUGAGGCUCAUUGUUUAUUUAGCUGUAAAUCUGUCCCGACACAUUUCAUGUUUGUCGUGAACAAAACCAGCUUCGGUGUAUUUAGACUUUAAGCUCUUGUCCACCCUGCAGUGCUCAGUAUAACCAAGACUUUCAGCUGCGAAUAACUCAACAACAACAACAACAAAAAAAUAACAGCCAGCCAGUGUUUUUCCAGAAGAUUAUCACCAGUAUGUCCACCAAAAGCUGAACUUUCACCAGCCUUUCUCAGUCCGCUGUGUUGAUCUCAGACACUGAAAUGUCACCUCGGAGUGCUUUGGUCGUAUCCGAAGAGUUAUUUCGCAGAUUUCAGCAGAACUUUUGUUGUCAUAAUGAUGUACUGUAUAGAUUAAGCAGCCCAGCACGCCUUGGUCCUGCAGCCCAGCACGCUCCACUCAAUCACCAGCCCCAUGUUCCUGAUAUAUACAUCGUCCUUUUUUAAAUUUUUAUUUCUAUUUUUUUUUUAAUGAGCCAACUGUGAAAAGGGCUAGACAACACUGAUGUAGUUCUGUCCGCCAGCCGCGUAUAUUUAAGUUAUUUAUUUUCUGAAGCGUUGCUUUCACCGAGCUAUGCAGUAACAGCUGUAGGGUUAUUUAUUACAAGAAUGUCUUUUGUGAAUCGUGUUGUUUUCAAAUUGUACUUUUUUGUCUACUUUUCCUCGUCUCUCAUCUUCGUCCGUCCUGUCCGCCUCCAGAAGCGCUGCGUGUGGCUAACCAACGGAUGGCUGUGAGAACGCUCUGUCUUCCAGUGUGAACGGACCACAAGGGUUCAUAAGAUCAGCAAGCCGGUAGUCAGCAAGUAUUUCAAAAUUUAGCUGCAUGGGUCUUAACAGAUGAACGGGUACAAUUUGAAGGAGGGUACUGGUGUCAUUUAAAGUUACGGUGCCAGGGUUCAACAAUGGAGCUUUUUCACAGCAGACAUGUUGACUUGUCAUAGUAGGAGAAGCACAGCUGAAAGUGAUAACCUUAACGAUGGCUCAGUUCCAUCAAGUGUCCCAGUAAGAUAUUUCAGUGAGUCAGCAUGAACAA